GUGCGCGGGGCCGGGGGCGCGCGGGCCGAAGCGGACUAGGGACGCGGCGGCGGUUGGCUGUGGCUGUUGCGAGUACAGUACGGCCAGGAUCGUGAGAGGCGGCGACCGCGGAGGCAAUCGCUGAACCGACAGAGGUGGCCACAGCGGCUGAGGCGGCGGUCCGACGCGUGCUCUCUGGCGGGGCGCGGCGGGGGAUGUGCCUGCCCAGGCCGGGCGGAGUCUCUCUGACAGGGCGGGGGAUGCGCAGCGGCCGCUUGCCCAGACCCUGAGGCGGCUGGGCCCAUCCUCCUGGAACCGUCCGACCCUCUUUGGCCUCGGCCUCUGCUGCCUCCUCCGGCCUGACCCUGGGGCCGAGGGUAGGAGGCAGCUUCCGCUGUCGAGGAGGGGGCUGUGGUGGCCACCGCGGCGGAGCCCGAGUUCUUUUGCCAAAAAAAUGGUUUGCACGAUCUUGAACAUGUACUAUCCAUGCUGAUGGGACAGGAUCCAAUAUGAAUAUAAGUGAUGGAGGAAGACGACGCUUUGAGGAUAAUGAACAUACAUUACGUAUAUAUCCUGGGACAAUUUCAGAAGGAACGAUCUACUGUCCAAUUCCUGCCAGGAAAAACUCCACAGCUGCUGAGGUGAUUGACUGUCUUAUAAACAGACUUCAUCUUGACAAAACAAAGUGUUAUGUUCUAGCAGAGGUAAAGGAAUUUGGUGGAGAAGAAUGGAUACUCAAUCCAACAGACUGUCCAGUUCAGCGAAUGAUGUUGUGGCCCCGAAUGGCUCUGGAAAAUCGCUUGAGUGGAGAGGACUACCGCUUUCUUCUGAGAGAAAAAAACCUUGAUGGAUCCAUCCAUUAUGGUAGCCUUCAGUCAUGGCUACGGGUAACAGAAGAACGUCGCAGGAUGAUGGAACGGGGUUUUCUUCCACAGCCACAGCAGAAAGACUUUGAUGAUUUAUGUAGCUUACCUGAUUUGAAUGAGAAAACUCUCUUAGAAAACCUACGAAAUCGCUUUAAGCAUGAAAAAAUUUAUACCUAUGUUGGCAGUAUUCUAAUAGUUAUUAACCCAUUCAAGUUUCUUCCUAUUUAUAACCCCAAAUAUGUCAAAAUGUAUGAUAACCACCAAUUGGGAAAACUUGAGCCCCACAUUUAUGCUGUGGCUGAUGUAGCUUAUCAUGCCAUGCUUCAGCGUAAAAAGAAUCAGUGCAUCGUGAUUUCAGGAGAGAGUGGUUCUGGGAAAACUCAAAGCACAAACUUUCUUAUUCACCACCUUACUGCUCUCAGUCAGAAAGGAUUUGCCAGUGGAGUAGAACAGAUUAUUCUUGGAGCUGGACCAGUACUUGAGGCCUUUGGAAAUGCGAAGACAGCUCAUAAUAACAAUUCAAGUCGUUUUGGCAAGUUUAUUCAAGUAAAUUACCAGGAAACAGGCACUGUACUUGGUGCCUAUGUUGAAAAAUAUCUACUGGAGAAGUCCAGACUCGUUUAUCAAGAGCAUAAUGAACGGAACUAUCAUGUAUUCUAUUACCUACUGGCAGGAGCAAGUGAAGAAGAAAGAUCAGCAUUCCACCUUAAACAACCGGAGGAAUAUCAUUAUCUCAAUCAGAUAACAAAGAAACCCCUCAGACAGAGCUGGGAUGAUUAUUGCUAUGACUCUGAGCCGGAUUGCUUCACCUCAGAGGGAGAAGACUUGAGGCAUGACUUUGAACGCUUACAAUUGGCCAUGGAAAUGGUUGGAUUUCUUCCCAAGACACGAAGACAGAUUUUCUCUCUUCUCUCAGCAAUACUACAUUUGGGUAAUAUCUGUUAUAAAAAGAAGACAUACCGGGAUGACUCUAUUGAUAUCUGUAAUCCUGAAGUUUUGCCUGUUGUCUCAGAAUUAUUAGAAGUUAAAGAAGAGAUGCUAUUUGAAGCAUUAGUUACAAGGAAGACAGUGACAGUGGGAGAAAAGCUUAUUUUACCAUACAAGCUGGCAGAGGCUGUAACAGUGAGAAACUCCAUGGCUAAGUCUCUAUAUAGUGCCCUGUUUGACUGGAUAGUUUUUCGAAUUAAUCAUGCACUUUUGAAUAGUAAAGAUUUAGAGCAUGAUACCAAGACUUUGUCCAUUGGUGUUCUUGAUAUUUUUGGGUUUGAAGAUUAUGAAAAUAACAGCUUUGAACAGUUUUGUAUUAAUUUUGCUAAUGAACGUUUACAACACUACUUUAAUCAGCAUAUCUUUAAAUUGGAGCAAGAGGAAUAUAGAACUGAAGGUAUCAGCUGGCACAAUAUAGAUUACAUUGAUAAUACCUGUUGCAUAAAUCUUAUUAGCAAAAAACCAACAGGACUGCUUCAUCUUUUGGAUGAAGAAAGCAACUUUCCACAGGCUACAAAUCAAACAUUGCUAGACAAGUUUAAGCAUCAACAUGAAGAGAAUUCUUACAUCGAAUUUCCAGCUGUGAUGGAACCUGCUUUCAUCAUAAAACAUUAUGCUGGAAAAGUAAAAUAUGGGGUAAAGGAUUUCCGGGAAAAAAAUACAGAUCAUAUGCGCCCAGACAUUGUAGCUCUUCUGAGAAGUAGCAAGAAUGCAUUUAUCUCUGGGAUGAUUGGGAUUGAUCCUGUAGCUGUUUUCCGAUGGGCAGUUCUCCGAGCUUUUUUCAGAGCCAUGGUUGCUUUCAGGGAGGCUGGGAAAAGUCACAUUCACAGAAAAACUGGACAUGAUGACACAGCGCCAUGUGCAAUUUUGAAAAGUAUGGAUAGUUUUAGCUUUCUCCAACACCCAGUCCACCAGAGGAGCUUAGAGAUUCUGCAGAGAUGCAAGGAAGAGAAGUACAGUAUAACUCGGAAAAAUCCUAGAACACCUCUUUCUGAUCUUCAGGGCAUGAAUACUCUAAAUGAAAAAAACCAACAUGAUACAUUUGAUAUUGCCUGGAAUGGCAGAACUGGGAUUCGUCAGAGCAGACUAUCAAGUAGCACCUCCUUGCUUGAUAAAGAUGGGAUAUUUGCAAAUUCAGCUAGCAGCAAACUUCUGGAGAGAGCCCAUGGAAUUCUCACGAGAAACAAGAACUUCAAACCUAAGCCUGCCCUUCCAAAGCACUUGCUAGAAGUAAAUUCUUUAAAACAUCUGACAAGAUUGACCCUACAAGAUCGGAUUACCAAAUCUCUUCUUCAUUUACACAAGAAGAAGAAACCUCCCAGCAUCAGUGCCCAGUUUCAGGCAUCAUUAAACAAGCUGAUGGAGACACUUGGUCAAGCAGAACCAUAUUUUGUAAAAUGCAUUCGUUCUAAUGCUGAAAAGCUGCCCUUAAGAUUCAAUGAUGCUUUGGUACUUAGACAGCUUCGAUACACUGGGAUGUUGGAAACAGUUCGAAUUCGCCAAUCAGGAUACAGCUCCAAAUAUUCCUUCCAGGAUUUUGUAAGCCACUUCCACGUACUUCUUCCUCAAAAUAUUAUCCCAUCCAAAUUGAACAUUCGGGAUUUCUUCAGGAAAAUAAAUCUUAAUCCAGAUAAUUACCAAGUUGGAAAAACCAUGGUCUUCCUAAAGGAGCAAGAACGACAGCACAUACAAGAUCUGCUUCACCAAGAGGUGCUCCGCAGAAUCAUAUUGUUGCAGCGAUGGUUCAGGGUCUUGCUAUGUAGGCAGCAUUUCCUCCAUAUGAGACAGGCAUCCAUUGUCAUCCAGCGAUUCUGGAGGAAUUACCUAAAUCAGAAGCAAAUCAGAGAUGGACCUGUGCAGAAGGAUGCUUUUGUUAUGGCUAAUGCAGCUGCUCUUCUCCAAGCUUCUUGGCGUGCUCACUUAGAGAGGCAACGGUACUUGGAACUGCGGGCCGCAACCAUCAUCAUCCAGCAGAGAUGGAGAGAGCACUAUAGACGCAGACACAUGGCUGCUGUCUGCAUACAGGCAAGAUGGAAAGCCUACAGGGAAAGUAAGAGGUACCAGGAACAAAAAAACAAAAUUAUCCUGUUGCAGUCAACAUGUAGAGGAUUCAGAGCAAGACAAAGAUUUAAAGCUUUAAAAGAACAAAGGCUAAAAGAAACAAAGCUAGAACUUGGAUUGGUGAAUAUCAAGGGAUAUGGAGCUCUGGAAAUUCAGGGUUCAGACCCUUCAGAAUGGGAGGAUUGCUCCUUUGACAACAGAGUGAAAGCCAUAGAGGAAUGUAAAUCUGUGAUGGAGAGUAGUCGAAUUAGCCGUGAAAGUUCUUUGGACUGCUCAAAAGAGUCCCCAGACAAGCAGCAGGAGAGAGCCAGAAGCCAAAGUGGUGUGGACUUGCACGAAGAUGUGAUUGUAAGAGAGCGACCCAAAUCCUUGGAGGAUCUCCAUCAAAAAAAAGUAGGGCGGGCUAAAAGAGAAAGUCGGAGAAUGAGAGAACUAGAGCAAGCUAUAUUUAGCUUAGAAUUACUGAAAGUCCGUUCUCUUGGUGGUGUAUCCCCUUCAGAGGAACGAAGAUGGUCUACGGAAUUGAUGCCUGAAGGCCUUCAAUCGCCACAGGGUACACCUGAGAGUGAAAGCUCUCAAGGAAGCUUGGAACUUCUGAGCUGUGAGGAAAGCCAAAAGAACAAACCAGAGUCUGUAAUUUUAGACGAAGGAGACUUACAGUUUCCAUCACCUAAGAUAUCUAGCAGUCCAAAAUUUGAUUUGCAGGACAAAACCCUCAGUGCCUCAAGGGAGACUAGCUAUGCAGAGCAUUUGAAGAAUGGAAAUAUGAAGGGAAAGCUGGUCUACAGUUCUGAACCUAUUCCUUGUAAACCACAGCUCAGAGACUCCUUCAUUUCAAAUAGUCUGCCAACAUUUUUUUAUAUUCCCCAGCAAGAUGCACUGAAAACAAGUUCCCAACUAGAUACAAGUAUCCAAAGAAAUAAACUGUUAGAAAAUGAAGACACAUUAGGGACAGCUCUUACUUUGGAUAUCAACAGGGAAGCUAGAAAGUAUCACUUCUCAGGAGAAGAUCAAAUUGUUCCUCCUUUGAAUACAGAUUCUUCUAAUACUGUGCUUAAGAAGUUAGAAAAGCUAAACACUGAGAAGGAAGAAAGGCAAAAGCAGUUGCAGCAGCAGAAUGAAAAAGAGAUGAUGGAACAGAUUCGCCAGCAAACAGAUAUUUUAGAGAAGGAGCGUAAAUCCUUCGAGACAAUUGACAAGCCAGGAAUUGGGGAGUCUUUCCUGGCACCAUCUUUCUAUCGGUCCAAGCAAAGAGUAGAGAGACCAUCCUCUCUCCUCAGCAUAAAUACCCCAAAUAAGAGACAACAUAGUGUACUGGGGUCCCCAUCAGUAACUACAAAAGGUGCAGCUCUUGCUCCAAAAGACAGUCCCUCUGCUCACUUACUCCCGAAGGACCAACCUGUCACCUUGUUCUUUGAAAGAAAGGGAAGUCCAUGCCAAUCUAGUACUGUCAAGGAAUUAUCCAAGACAGACAGAACGGAAUCCCAACUGAAUGUAGCCUCUAAACUCUCUAAUAAUCGCAUUUCAAAAAGAGAAUACCUUAGGCCAACUCAGUCUUACAGCCACAAAUCUGAUGCCCUUUCCAGAGAGGGAAAUACUAGGUCCAUUUUCUUCACGCCAAAGGACAAUAUGAGCGUUCCCCUUGUCAACAAGGAAGCCUUAAACAGUGGAAAUCCUCAAGUCCAUAAACAAGAUGAAUCAGCUUGGAAACCUGUGAAAUUAACUGGGCCGGGCCAAGGAGAGACAUCACAGCGAUUUUCUUCAGUUGAUGAACAAGCAAAGCUUCAUAAGACUAUGUCUCAAGGAGAGAUUGCAAAGUUGGCAGUGAGACAGAAGGCUUCAGAUUUGAAUAUAAGACCUCAGAGAGCUAAGAUGAGAUUCUGGGCCAAAGGGAAACAAGGGGAGAAGAAGACUACGAGAGUGAAACCUGCCACCCAGUCAGAGGUUUCAGCACUCUUUGCAGGCUCAGAUGUGAUUCCAGCUCAUCACUUUCCAGAUGAAUUAGCUCAGUAUCAUCCAACACCUCCUUUGAGCCCAGAACUGCCUGGGAGUUGCCAGAAGGAGUUCAAAGAGAACAAAGAGCCUUCUCCAAAGGCUAAGCGCAAGCGAAACGUGAAGAUCAGCAGUGUGGCUUUGGAUUCUGUGCAUUGGCAAAAUGACUCUGUCCAGAUCAUAGCAAGUGCCAGUGAUUUGAAAAGCAUGGAUGAAUUUCUUCUGAAAAAGAUGAAUGACCUAGAUAAUGAAGACAGCAAGAAAGAUACACUAGUGGAUGUUGUAUUUAAAAAAGCCCUGAAAGAAUUUCGGCAGAAUAUCUUCAGCUCUUAUUCAUCUGCACUGGCAAUGGAUGAUGCAGAAAGCAUACGGUAUAAAGAUCUCUACGCACUAUUUGAACAGAUUCUGGAAAAGACCAUGAGGCUUGAGCAGCGUGACUGGGGAGAAUCUCCAGUGAGAGUUUGGGUCAACACUUUCAAAGUGUUUUUAGAUGAAUAUAUGAAUGAAUUCAAGACUUCAGAUUGCACAGCCACAAAGGUGCCAAAAACAGAAAGAAAGAAAAGAAGAAAAAAAGAAACUGAUUUGGUGGAAGAGCACAAUGGUCACAUCUUUAAGGCCACCCAAUAUAGCAUCCCUACAUACUGUGAAUACUGUUCUUCUUUGAUAUGGAUAAUGGACCGAGCCUCUGUUUGCAAAUUAUGCAAGUAUGCUUGCCAUAAGAAGUGCUGUCUGAAAACCACAGCCAAGUGCUCUAAAAAGUAUGAUCCAGAGCUGUCAUCUCGACAAUUUGGAGUUGAACUGUCCCGUUUGACCAGUGAAGACCGAACUGUUCCUUUAGUGGUGGAAAAGCUCAUAAACUACAUUGAAAUGCAUGGACUGUAUACAGAAGGCAUUUACCGAAAGUCUGGUUCAACAAAUAAAAUCAAGGAGCUUCGACAAGGUCUAGAUACAGAUGCUGAGAGCGUAAAUCUAGAUGACUAUAACAUACAUGUCAUUGCAAGUGUAUUCAAACAAUGGCUUCGAGAUUUGCCCAAUCCACUCAUGACUUUUGAACUCUAUGAAGAAUUUCUUCGAGCUAUGGGCCUUCAGGAGAGAAAGGAGACAAUCCGUGGUGUAUACUCUGUGAUUGACCAGCUCUCCCGAACUCAUCUCAAUACUCUGGAACGCCUCAUCUUUCAUCUAGUCAGGAUUGCACUACAGGAAGAUACUAAUCGAAUGUCUGCUAAUGCUUUGGCCAUUGUGUUUGCACCCUGCAUUCUCCGCUGCCCAGACACCACUGACCCACUACAAAGCGUACAGGACAUCAGUAAGACCACCACCUGUGUGGAGCUCAUUGUUGUGGAACAAAUGAAUAAAUAUAAGGCUCGUCUCAAAGACAUCAGUAGCCUGGAAUUUGCUGAGAAUAAGGCAAAGACCAGGCUGUCACUGAUUCGUAGAUCAAUGGGAAAGGGGCGUACUCAUCGAGGAAACUAUCAAAGUCCAUCCUCUCCUGUUGUAGUUCGGUUGCCUUCUAUGUCUGAUGUCCCAGAAGAGACCUUGACUAGUGAGGCAGCCAUGGAGACUGACAUUACAGAACAGCAACAAGCAGCUAUGCAGCAGGAGGAGAGAGUACUGACUGAGCAGAUUGAGAACCUACAGAAAGAGAAGGAGGAGCUAACAUUUGAGAUGCUUGUACUGGAACCCCGUGCGUCUGACGACGAAACCCUUGAGUCUGAGGCCUCCAUUGGGACUGCCGAUAGCUCAGAGAAUUUGAAUCUGGAGUCUGACGGUGCCAUCUCUGAGAAAUCAGAGAGAAGCUUAGCCCUUAGCUCCCUGAAGGCAGCUGGCAAGUCUGAACCUUCAAGCAAGUUGCGAAAGCAGCUAAAAAAACAGCAAGACUCUUUGGAUUCAGUAGACUCUUCGGCUUCCUCUUUAUAUCUGUCUAACACUGCAUCUUCUCAUGGAACCAGAAAACGAUUUCAGAUUUAUUCCAAAUCCCCGUUCUAUCGAGCUGCCUCAGCUGGUGAGGCCCUGGGAAUGGAAGGACCAUUGGGCCAGACCAAAUCCCUGGAAGACAGGCCUCAGUUCAUCAGCAGAGGAACCUUCAACCCUGAAAAGGGCAAACAAAAAUUAAAGAAUGUGAAAAACUCACCUCAGAAAACCAAAGAGAAUCCAGAGGGGACAGUCAUGCCUGGCCGCAGGAAAGCUGUGGACCCAGACUGCACUUCCACCCAACAGCUAGCGCUCUUUGGAAAUAAUGAGUUUAUGGUCUGAACUGGCAGAUGUGUUUCCCUUCAUGGCUAUAGAGUGGUAAACACAUCUCAUCUCCAGGGCUUCUUCACAUCACCUCACCCACAAUAGUUCAUCCUAAUUGUGGGUCCUGCCGUUUGCCUAAGCAUAUGGCUAAGACCUUGUGUGCUGAAUUCCUGGACUUCCUGCAGAAGUGGAAAGUCCUCUUGAAGCCUGCUGGGGAUGGUGCCAGCUGUGCCUUGGCUGCUGUAUUUGAGUUGAGAUUUUACUAAACAAAGCCACCUAGAGCCUGGGGAUUUUGGUCAGUUGCAGUUGCCUCUCCCCCACCCUCUUUUCCCUUCCCAGAGGUGGCUGCUGAACUAGGUGGUAUACUGGGGCCUGAGGGACCCUCUGAUAUCUGACAUUUGAGGUAAACAUAUAAAUCUUUCUUAACCAUGAAAGCAAAAGCCUUUGGGUUUAUUUUGAGAUAGUUUAGGAGCAGGGUGGAAUGUAAUUUUUUUCCAAGGAUUUAUAGACAAAAACCUAAGCCCUCUAUUUUAAGAUUUUUUGAAAAACAUUCCAUGUUAUAUUCUGGAGAAAGUAAAAAAGUGAUUGUUUCCAUUAAGUCAUCAGAGUGUGUCUCAGACAUCUGAUUAUAUAAUGAAGAAUAGAGUACAUGUUUUGUUUUUUGAUGAUGUUUGAUGUCGUAAUAAUCACUGCUGGUUUAACUCCUGUUUAGUUCCUGACAAAUAUAUUGCAUGGGCUAAAGUGUCAGUAGCCAUACUAUUCUUAUGUUUUCUGGUCCUAGAAUCAGAUUCCUUUUCUGUUUUUUUUUUUUUUGUUUUUUUUGUUUUUUUAAUUUCCCAGAGACAUGGUGAUCUCUACACAUGAGGGUUUCAUCCUAAUCCAUUCAGGCUUUUCUCUUUGUAUAGAUUAAACUGAAGACCACAUAUGAGCCUAUUCAGCUGCUGGUGGAUUCCCACCACAGACUUAGACAAAUAAUGUGACCGUUUAAUUAGUUCUUUGCAAACAUUCACACGCAACAUCGCAUGAGUAAGUGUUACAGAACGCUGCCAAAAAUAAAAAGGUUUUUAAUAUCACCCAUCUAACCUUUAUCUUCUUUUCCUCAGACCAUCAGUAUUAAAUAGAUUUUUUAAAAAAUCAAGGACUACUUGAAGCUAUUUUUUUUAAUAUUCUGGUUAUUGAAGUUUACUGUAAGUAUAUAUGUAUAGUAGGCAUAUUUCUUUUUAACCAUGUGCUUCCCUCCUUCCCAUGAAAUUUCUUCCCACAGAUUAGGGGCCACUGGACAGGGGGUGAGAGCCACUCAUCAUCAUUUUCACCACUGGGUGGUCUUCAUACACCUGAGUUAUAAAGCAUUUAAAUGUCUUAGCAUUUGUGGGAUUAGAAAUCUGUUUUUGCUAUUUAUAAUAUAUAAAAAAUGAAACUGAUACCCUUUCUUAACUAUGUGAAAAUGUUUAUUUUUGAAGUUACUAAAUGCAUCUUGUCUAGCUACUACAUGCACUGUUCUGAAAAAGAGCCUUUACCAUCUAUAACCUGUAUUUUGGUUAUUCUUCCUUUUCAUACUUCUUUAAUUUGAAGUUAUGGAAAUACUAAGUUUUUGUUAAGACAAAGUCUCUCCUGUAAACACAACAUUGAACCUCAUGCCACUGCCUCGGUGGCUACUGGCCAGCCCCAGAGGUCAGACAUGGAGCAUAGUUCUGAGUGGUAGCUAAAGGUAGCAGGAGUCUUGCCUCUCCCUGCUUUGGGUUCAGAAUUGAGCCAGGGAAAGGAAGCUUUUAAAAUCUCCAGAAUGAUGAUGGUUAAUGAGUAAAUGUUAAGUCUUAAGUCCCACAAACAUCUGCCAUCUAGUUCAUGUUGUCCUGAGGCGUAAUAAAUGUUAAGCCUUUAACAAUCUUAAUUUUGAAGGAAAACCCCUCAGCAUGGUAUGUCACAGUGGAAGUUCUGGUUCCUUGGCCCGGUGCCAGGCCACACAAUGUGUGUUUCAGUUUCCUUGGGAGAGUGGUGUGCUACUGGGCAUUAACUAUUACUCUCCACUUGCUCCGGAAUGUUGGUUACAAACCAUAUCUUUAAAAAGAGAUUAUCCUUGUUGAAUGAUUUCCUUUGGCCCAGAGGAAUGGCCUGGGGCACACAUCUUGGCACAUGUUCUUCCUUCUAAAUCUUUGUGAGGUUUUUUGGCAAGAUAAGUUUUUGGCAGUUAAAAAACUAUAUAUAUAUAUAUAGGUCACUUUAUAGGAGCUAGGUGAUGGAUGUUAAGAGACUUUAUAAUUUUUCUCAGGGACCUGAAACCUGAAUUUGGAUAAAAUUAAAUAAAAAAUAUUUGUUUUUUGGUUGCUAGUUUUGUGGAUUUCUAGUCAUUUGACAAGCUACCAGGAUGGGGAGCGGGGUGGGGAAGAGAGAUCCACAGAAUUGUAAAAAUAGAGAGCAAGUGUGGGCCCCUCCCUUUGAGGGCAAGAAAGCUGUUGUUCUCAUAGGAUAACAGGCCUUGUUGGCCUGAUAAAGAGAUGAAGCCAUACUCUUAAAAACCUUCAGAACCAAAUGCUGUAUCUACUUCCAUCUGUUCUUAACUGGUCCUCUGCAUGGUUAAAGUUAUAUCACCAUAAGGUGAUGCUACGUUACAACACUUAGGAUUAAGAUAUUUAAUCUUAAUAUGUGUCAAAUUUGUGAUUUCCUAUUGCUUCUCCUUUGCUUAUUUUCUUUCUCAAAUGCCUCGAAGGAAAUCUCCGCAUGGCAACAGUGGGGCAGCCCCACAUUUGGAGCUCACACUCCCAAAUGCAGAGCAUUGUAGUCACAGCACACAUUGCCAGCCUCAAAACCUGGAUUUUCAGUUCUGCCCAUUAAAGCCAACAUAUCCCUGUAAUUGUUUAUGUAUCAUGGAAAAAGUAACAGAAACAGAGAAGUGUAAUUUCAUUCUGUAUCACAAAUUGUAGCAAAUUAACCGCAAAUACAGGCAGGGUUCAAGGAAGUAAUAUGCUUAGUUUUGCAGUGUACUUUGUACUUCCUGCCAUUUAAAUUACUUUGCCACUCUGGGCUUCUGAAAACAUGAAGGGAGAUACAGCCCUCCCACUAUGAGCCUUGCAGAGACAGAAGGACCUCAGAUCAGGGGAUAGAAUACUGGAGCCCUUACCUUCUCAUGCUUUGGAAACCUGCCAUAGCUCUCACCCUGCUGGAAGGUUAUUAAAGACUUCUGUGGUUCAUCACAGUAGUGUUGUUCUUAACUGACAAAGACAGAGAGGGUCACAGAAAUGUGUUGAAAAGAUGCAGGCCAGCAAGAUUCUAUAGUCCCACCUCAGUGCCUGUAGGCUGCAUGUUUCUAACUAUAACCAAUGAAUGUGUACCUUUCACAAGCACUUUGGUGAACUAGAGGGAAGAAAGGAUUCUCAGGAUGUGUUCAAAGCUAAGAGAGUUUUACUUUUAAAAAGAAACAUAGUCCAGAUGGCUUUCCUCAUCGUCCUCUCUCUUUUUCCUUCUUGGUGGGGAGCUGUGUGUGGGGCAUGCAUCAUUCUGUAUUGACAAAAAUGUGUUAUGUCCACCCAUACUUUGGUGACAACUCCCCAGCACUGUACCGCAAUACCAUGCUGGCCUUCGUAGGUUCCUUGGUAUUUGUGGGAGUGGUCUUUCUAUGCCCCUAGAAUAUUUUUCUCCACUUUUCUCUGGAACCACUCCCUCAUUUGAUUUGGUGUUAAAAGGGUAAUAGCAAAAUGAUUGUGGAGAUGGAUCUCUUAGGUCUUGAUGGUCUCUUGGUUGAAACUGUUUUCAAAAAAGCCCCACCCAUGGGCCUGUCACCUUGCUAUCCAUCCAUACCUAAUGCCUAUUUAUCAGCCCUCUUAUGUCAUAUAAAAGUUGCACCUUUUGAACCAAGUAUUUGUAUUUACUAUGGGAAAGGUGUGGACUACAGUUUAGUAUUAUAUUAUUUUAAUGGAUUAAAAGUAAUUUAUAAGUAUGCUGAGUGUAAAUUUUUAAAAGACUAUGUAUUAUAAAGGACAUAUCCUGUGAAAUAUAAUAUCAUUUUACUGUUUAAUAGAAUAAUUCUAUAAGAAGAAUGAUUUAUCUCACCCACAGAACUGAUUACCUUCCUGAUGCAAUCAACAGGCACUUUGUAAUUUCGUUUUUGUUUUUAUGGAGGGGUUGGGGGGAACAAGACAUCUGUAUAAAGUGCAGUUUGUGUCACUCAAAAUAUGCACUGUAUGGCUACACAAAAGCAGCUUGAUGAACAAAUCACCCCAUGGCUCAUUAAAGAACAAAGCUUCCAGAAGCA